AUAACAAAUGAUGAGAACUUUCAUUAAUAAUCAAAAUCAUACUUUAUUUAAAAAAAUUUUAAAACCACGUUCAAUAAUAAUAUCACGAUUUUUAACUAUAAAAUCAAUAAAUCAAAAUGAUAAAGAUAUAUCUAGUCAAACUGAAGAUGAAUAUAAUGAAAUUUUAAAAACACAUCAAAUUCCUGGUAGAUAUCUCCAUUAUUUUAAGAAAAAUGGAAGGCAAUUAAAGAAGGAAUCUCAAUUCGGAGAUGAGGCUAUUACUAAAAUUUCAGCAAGAAAAUUACGUUCUGGACAUACAGUUACUGACGUGAAAGAAAGUAAUAAUGAAGAUAAUGUCGAUUCUUUAUUAUCUUUUAAGGGUUUUUCUAGAGCGCAACAAAAUAUCGCCCAAAGAUUAUCUCGAGCAAUAAUAAAAUGCAAUGAUGAUGUACCUCAUAAUCAUUUAACUUCUACCUUUGUACGGAUUAUGAAUAUCGAUGUAUCACCCGAACUUAAUUUUGCUAGAGUUUGGUGGAAACCUGAUCCACAAAAAGGAAUUAACAAGGUAAGAUACAAAUUAUUUUUCAAAAUAUUUUUAAUUGUGCAAUUUUAAUUUCUUUAAUACCAAAUUUUGAAAGUCAAAAAUAGAUAAUACAAUGAAUAAAUAUUCAACUAAAUAUCGGAAUAUUUUGCAACGUGCCAUGCACAUGAGAAAUCCGCCAAAAAUAAUUUUUUUGCGUUAUGAUGAAGCACUUGGAAAUAUAAAUGAACUUUUAGAUAAGAUUGAAGAAGAAUUGAAAGUAAAGGAUAAUGAAGUUGACAAUUGAGAAAUCCCAACUCAAAAUUUUAAUCGCCAUCACAUGACUUUCCAAAGCUUGUUUUAAAUUAUUUUAUUAUAAUAAUAAAUUUUAAUAACAAAUUUCCAUACAAAAUGAAUGUAAAAAAUAGUAAAAGUAGUAAAAUCAAUAAUUGAUGAAUGAUUGCUAUAAUAGCAGUUGUAUUAUAUAAUAAUUAUCUGUUAUAA